CCGACGUCCGCAGUCAAGUAGAUGCGCAUGUCGUAAAUGCGGAAUGUCGGACGCAGGAGCUCGCCACCCGACCGAGGACUUGUGAGGCUGUCAGUCAUAAGUCCAGUGCAACACCUCGCGCAUCCAGUGGGAUUUCGAGCUUCGACACACCCGUGCCCGGGAAUGGAAGACUUGCGGCAGCGGACGAGGAACUUCUUGUAAUGUGUGAUCUCGACAGACAGCAGGAAGAUCUUUGUCCCAACAUGCAUGGAUCUCACAAGAUAUCAAGAACGUUGGAAUUCACCACCGCCCCUCAGAUUCUCUCUGAUUUUGUGUGCUCACAGCGCAAAACAUGCACGAUUGUGAGCAGAGUGACCCUCAUCUUCUCCCACGUGGUUUGGGGAUGAUCAACAACACACGGCACUGCCACCGCUCGCUUGCUCACGACUUUUUACCUCCGACUUCCAUAGCACAAGCGUGCCACCCACACCGGGAUGGAGGGGCACGCGUCCACGAACUCCUACGACGCGCCACCAGGGCUCUUUCGUCUGCCCGGGCUGCCUCUGAACCUAUCAGCCGCCGGCGCACGUCUCGAUCAUCACCCAGCGCCGGGUUUGGACGGCCAAACGGACGCGGAGAACGUUGAUCAGCCUGCCCUGCAUGACACGAGUAUGAACACGCACACCUCCCACACCCAGUCCCAGACGCAGUACAUCUCCCAGCGCCCGUUCGACAUCUCGAUACAUAACGAUGAUCGGGAGUCGUGCUUUGGGCUGCUCAUACCGAGUGUCAAGGGGAUCUCAAGCGUCAAGCUCCUGCGCGCAUCGCCUCAGUUUAGGGUGGGACGGGAUCCCGAUGCGAAUCACCUUUACAUCCCGUGGACUGCGAUCAGUAGCUCGCACGCGGCGAUUGACUGGAACGGGGGGGUCGUUGAGUCGGAGGUCACAAUCCGAGAUUUGGGGUCGGUCAAUGGAACCUUUGUGGAAGGCCAGCGUCUCCCCCCCGGCGAAUCCCGUUGGCUCACAGACGGCUCGAGAGUCAGUUUCGGCCCAGUCCGGCCCAAAGGAACCCUCCUCCUUCCCGAAUAUACCUACACGUACCGCGACCUGAUCUCCGAUCCGCGUGAGCUCUACACAAAGUAUGAUGUGUCAAUCGAACUCGGGUACGGCGGUUAUUCGCGGGUGUACAAAGCACUGCAACGGUCAUCAGGGAGAACUGUGGCUGUCAAGGUCAUCAAUGCGGUGAAGCGCCAUAAUCUUGCGGCCGAAGGCGAGCUGCGCGAGAUCACGAUCAUCAGGGCGCUGCGACAUCCCAAUAUAUGUCGGUUUUUGGACUACUUCGAAAACAAGGACCAAAGCGUCGACAUCGUGAUGGAGUAUGUCAGCGGCGGGGAUCUAUGGCGGUUGAUAUAUGAGAACCAGGGUCUCUCGACCAACGAAGCUUGCCAUAUCAUGUAUCAGAUAUGCCAAGGCGUCGCAUAUCUGCACUCCCGGGAUAUCACACAUCGGGAUCUGAAGCCCGAGAACAUUCUCCUUACGGAUCAGCGUCCGCCCAUCGUCAAGAUCGCCGAUUUCGGAUUGUCGAAGAAGGCCGGCGAGGGGGUUCAGCUGAAUUCGCAAGUCGGGACACCGAUGUAUAUGGCUCCAGAAGUCUUGCUGCGCCGAGAUGUCCACCCGUACACAAAGAGCGUCGAUCUUUGGAGUCUUGGAGGUAUCACCUUCACCAUGCUCACGGCACGGACUCUCUUUCCUUUCAACGCGGAAACAGCGGACAUCAUGAAGAUCAUGCAAACGGGAGACUUGGGAUGGGAAGACGAUUUUGAGCAGUUCAGAAAGACGAAGCGGAGGAGAAGGCAGGGCAGAGGAAGGGAGCACAGCGAUGGUUACAGUGAUCCCAAAGACUUCAUCAAGGGUCUCCUCGUCUUCGACCCCACACUGCGGAUGACGCUGGACGCGGCGCAGCAGCAUCCGUGGCUGGCCAAGCACAGCCCCGUGUACGAAAGUGCGUACCCGGAAGACGAGGACAGCCAGAGACGGGAAUCAUUCGCAUCCAGUCAAGGACGCUACCAGCGCAGCAGCCAGGGCUCAGACUAUCCGCCCCGGAUGAAGCGUGCGAAAACCGUGGACCCCUAUGCAGACGAGCAACCGGAGCCUGUUUCUGCUCAGCAAAACGGGCAUGGGCGAUGGGCUGGGAAGAUCAACGCCACGGCGAUGGUGGGUGUUCCGUUCACUGCCGACAAUCACGACCUGUCUUCCUCGGGGCCUGUGCUUGCGGACGACAAGGUGGGCCACGGGCCGUCUCCGGUGGUCCCAUCAUCGACCGUGAUACGGGAGGAGGACGCAUUUAUGUACGGGAACGAUGUCGAUGCUGGGCCAUCCGCUCUCCCUCAAAAGAACUUGAAACGGCAGCGUGAGGAGAUGGACGAGCUGAGCGAGCUUACCCCAUCGCCGUCCCCUCCGCCUCCACCCUUCCCGUCCAACCGUCGCGUCACGCGUGGCAUGGACAAGGGCAAAGCCGCUGCGCUGGCCACAGGCACCGGCAAGACAGCCAAGGGGAAAGUCAAGGCGCCAGUCGACGACGACAGCAAGGAGGACAAGCCGCCUCCGAGGAAGAAAACAGCGAGAGAAGCCAAAGCUCCGGCAAAACCCAAGACGAAGGCCCCCGCUCGAGGGAGGAAGAAGGCCGUUGUCGACGAGGGUUCAUUGAAUCUUGUGACGGUGGCUGUUCCCGCUCGAAGACGAGGGCGGAAUGUUGCUGCUCCAGCACGGGAACCGGAGGCGGCUAUUCAAGAGAUUGAACCCGCUAGAGAAGGGCCCGCAGAAAAUGAUGCGACUGAUGACAAGCCAAGUUUGCGGCCGGCUCGUACGACAAGGGCUGUGAAGGGAAGGGGGAAGAAAUGAUCUACAUCUAUGUACUUGAAAGGGACGAGAAAGGGAGGGAAGGAAUAUUGUAUCGGAGAUCUUUUUACAUCUGCUGUCUUACUGCUUUUGUUUGCUUUGCUCAUCUAUGUAUAUAUGCUGUGAGCUUUCAUAUGUAUGAUCCACGAAACGUUGGACUUGACAACCCAAGUAUGUGAAGAAUGAUAUUUGUGAGGUCGACUGAAGUAUGGAUUUGCAUUAUCCGUAAUGGUGUCGGUACAGUGUAUGCGCUAUACGUUGGCUGCUCGAGGUUUCGUGCAGACAAUCUCACCGUGCAUCAACCCAAACCACGCAUCGGGCUGCGAGCCCCAAGCCUUCCAAGCGUCAGAGACAGUCUUGAGCCCAUCCUCAUCCAAAAGUCCGCGUUCGAUCGCCCCGGAGGCAAAGCCCGAGUGCAGAACACGAUCAGACCACAGCGAGCUCCACCACGCCACAUCCUCAGGCGUGCUGUAGCACCAGGUGCUCGCCGUAUUGACAAUCUGCUCCCUCGCGAAUCCAGCACGGAGCGCCCACGAGAACAGCCGCCGGCCCGCAUCCGGCUCGCCUCCAUUCGCACGCGCAAGCCGGCGGUACGUGCGGUGGGACAGAUCCAUGCCCUCGCUCUCGGGGAACCACGCAAACGAGGCAAAGUCGACAUCGCGCGCGGCGACGAGCCCACCCGGCUUCGCGACGCGCGCCAUUUCGCGCAGCGCGCGGACCGGGUCCGAGACGUGCUGCAGCACCUGGUGCGCGUGCACCACGUCAAACGUCGCGUCGGGGUACGCGAGUGCGAGCGCGUCGCCGAGCUCGAAGGUCACGUUGGCCGCUACGCCCUGCGACGCUGCGUGCGCGCGGGCGCUCUCGAGCACAGACUCGGAGGAGACCUCGAUCCCGGUGACGUGCCCGUUGGGGACGAGAGCGGCGAGGUCGGCGGUGAUCGUCCCCGGGCCACAGCCGACGUCGAGGAUGUGCAUGUCUGGUUUGAGGAGGGGGAGCAGGUAGGCGCACGAGUUUUGGGCAGUGCGCCAGGAGUGGGAGCGCAGCACCGAUUCAUGGUGGCCAUGGGUGUAUUUCUUGUCUGUCAUCCUGGUUGUGAGUGGGUAUAAGUGGGAGGAGGAGGUGUGAGCAUCUUAUAAGUCGG